UUUGUCUUGGCAAGAUUUUGAUGGAUAUCAGUGGCAGCUGAAAAACUGUAAGUAAGCAUAUCAAGCAAAAGUUUAAGCCAACCACUGACAUGGAGUUUACCAGACUGCCAUGGGAAGAACGGUGGAGAAGAGACAAGGAGCGGAGGAAAAGAAUCCUUGAAGAAGGUUCAGAAGGGAUAGAACAGGACAAUCGAGAGCUGCGGAGGAUUGUGGCCUUCAACGACUCCAGGAUGGGACUGAUAAGUGGGAGGAACGACAGAGUAGGGAUGAGGACAGAAAGCGGGACGCAAAUCAGCAAGGACACGUUUGGGGAUAAUAGUGAAGGACUUGGUGAUAGUACCCUCAUAUAUCGAGUUGGAAGCUAUCCUACAGAGAUGUUCAAGACCCUCAGAGAAUUCUGGGAAUCAUCUCUCCUCACAGACCUCACUCUGAUGACUGAAACUGGGAGAAGCUUCAAUGUUCACUCCCCAAUCUUGGCCUCCAUCAGCUCCUUUAUCCGCGAGAGACUGAAGGAGAAAAGUGUGCAACAGUUGGACAAUGAUGAAGACGUCCACAGCUGGUCAGUAAGUUUGGGUCCUGAGGUCCAUCAUGUAGGGCUUCAGGCAGUUCUGGAGUUUGCCUACACUGGAGAUGUUUCAUCUCUGAACAAAGACACCGUGACCCCAAUUAAAGCUGCAGCACAAGUCCUAGGAGUUCCACGAGUAUUGUGUCUCUGCAACACAGAUAGAUCGAAGGAAAGUGGAAAUUCACAAAAGGAACUAAAAGAAGACACUUCUGCACCAGAGCAGAUGAAGAUCACUCUUCAGUCCAUUGAGCGGCUGUGGUCUGAAAGAGUGGGCUGUGAUGUGACACUGGAUGUAGAUGGAGCUGUAUUCCACGUUCACAAAGUUAUUCUGGCUGCCAGCAGUGACUACUUCCGUGGUAUGUUCACCAGUGGGAUGAGGGAAUCCCAUCAAAGCUGCAUUGCUCUUCCGUUCCCGCUAGCGUCUGAAUUAGAGGCUCUGAUUGGCUGCUCCUACAGUGGGCUCCUACCACUAAACUGGGAUUGUGUUUUUGAGAUCACCUGCACAGCCCUCCAGCUUCAGUUUCAGUCUGCCCUCACACUUUGCCUCAAGUUUAUGCACCAGGAAAUGGAUGCGACCUCCUGCCUCGAUGUAGCCUCGUUUGCCGAAGCGUAUGAGAUGUCAGAGCUCCUUGAAGAAGCCAAUGAUUUUGUACUAAGAAACUUCUGGGAUGUGUCAGCCACAGCAAAGUUUCAGGACCUACAAGCAGAGAAGCUUCUGGAUUUUCUUCGCUGUGAUGGUCUAUGUGUGCCUUCAGAGUUGGCUGUAUUUCGAGCUGUCAUCUCCUGGAUUCAGGCUGAUCCUGAGGAGAGACAGGGUCAAGCUAGUUUAUUGAUGACUGGAGUCCGCUUUCCCCUCAUGACGUUUCGAGAAUUUAGGGAGGUCAGGGCCGUCAACUUACGUAUGGAAUGCUUCGGAGACAAAGAUGUGGAACUUUAUGGUUCAGCACUGAAGGAAUUUGGUUUUGGUUUUCCCACAACACAAGACCAAUUCCGGGUCAGGCGGCCCAGAGAGGCUCUGGUGUUGGUUGGAGGAGACCAGUUGAAUCCAGACAUGGGCUAUCGCAUACCAAGCAGGGAGCUGUGGUUUGCAAAUUCCCUUCGCAGUGGCACAGGUCUGGUGAAGGAGGUGGAAUGGAGAAGACUCGGGGAGAUACCUGACCAACCAAAGUUCAGGCAUGGAGUUGCAGCACUGGGAGGAAGGCUUUAUGUGAUGGGGGGAUGUUACUUCUACACCAAAGAUGAUAUAAUGAAAUCUGCCUACAGUUAUGACCCUGAACAGGACAGCUGGAAGAGGCUCGCUGACAUGCAGGAGUUCAGAAGUAAUUUCUCAGUCGUGGUACAAGGGGAGCGCCUCUAUGCAAUUGGCGGCGAUAAGGAGAUCAAUACCAAUGUAGACAGUGUGGAGAUGUACAACCCUGACACUGACUCCUGGAGCUUUGUGCGGCCUUUGGACCAGGCUCUGAGCGGCCAGGCUGUCACUGUCUUAGAUGGAGGGAUCUUCAUUUCUGGAGGUUUUGACUGUAAGUAUGUAUGUCUGGUUUCUAUGUUCCUGUACCAUCCAGAGAGAGGAACCACUUACUUGGCGGACAUGGCCUGUGACCGGGCCCAGCAUUGCAUGGAAGCCCUGCGAGGCCGCCUCUACGUCGCUGGUGGAGUGUGCAACCUUAGGAAGUUUUACACUGACCAACUGGCCUGUGAGGUGUACAGUCCUGUGACUGAUUCAUGGACUGCUUUCACGUCUCUGCUCGUACCGCAUGUUAGCGCAGCCUCAGCCGUCCUGGAGGAGAAGGUCUACAUACUGGGAGGAUACUGCCAGGAGGACUACAGUGAGUCUGGACUGGUCCACCGCUUUGAGCCGAGCUCACAGAGAUGGGAGAACAUGGGCAGGCUGCCUGGUCCUGUUACUGACAUUCGAGCCUGUUUACUCCGUUUGCCACUGCACUUUAGACAGAGGCACACCGGUGAAGAUUACUGUAGUAAACAGUAG